UUUACCUUAACUUUACCUCAUCUCACACCAACUCUUGAGAGGAUUCUGCUGGAGUCGCUCAUCUCAUUACUGGCUAUUCGACGUCGUUUGUAAAAAGCAAUGCAAGGUAAAUGAGAGGAAAUUAUCGUCUUUUUACGACAACACAAUGACAAAGACAAAAGUUGAGGCAAAUCCCGAGUCUAAUGCACGCUCAUCCCAUCACGGACGGGACGGGCAGGAUAAAGCCUGCGGAGAAGCGAGCAGCCAGCAGCCGUCAAGACAAAUCCACCGGCAUCAUGUGCAACACAUGACGUCAAAACAACCCCAGGCGAACGCUUGGUCUAAAAUCAUCCCGGCAGCCUCACAGGGCAAAGCCAACGAGGUGCACUGUAAGAAACCAAAGCGUGGGGCAUCGGUCACGCCAAACAUCCACACAGGGAAAAAGGAGAUGAGACCAGAGUCGAGAAAGCGCUCCGAUAGCAAUCGCAGUAAAUCGUGCGGGAGGAGAAAGCUGUCGGAUGGCAGCAUCACGUCUGAUGACCUGAGUAAGGACUCUGGCUGUGCUGCCGGGAAACUGUCUUCCACCGACAGCAGCUCUGAGAUCUCGGACGCAUCCGAGGAGCAUAAGCAGUCCACUGAUACCCAGUGUGGUGAAGUCUGUUACAGAGUUACCGACGAAGACAUGAUGGACGAUUCAGCUGAGCAAAUAUCAUCAGGACACAGAGAAGAAGACGGUCUGAUCAAUGCCACCCUGUCUCCAGGGUUUGGCUUUGGAGAGGGAAGCAUCUCUCCUGGAGACCAGAGGUCCUACGUUUCUCUGGACAGUCGCUUGAACUUGAGCUCGUCUGUGGCAUUCUCGGAUCUGACUGGAGACUUUGCUGAUGGGGUGCAUGAAGACCUGCUGAGAGAGAUUGAUGACCUGAGAUCAGAAAAUGAAUAUUUAAAGGACGAAAUGGAAGAGCUCCGCUCAGAGAUGCUGGAGAUGAGGGAUAUGUACAUGGAGGAGGAUGUUUACCAGCUGCAGGAACUCCGACAGCAGUUGGAACAGGCCAACAAGGCUUGUCGCAUCCUCCAGUACCGACUUAGGAAAGCAGAGAGACGCAGCCUGCGCGUAGCCCAGACGGGACAGGUGGACGGAGAACUUAUCAGGACCCUUGAGCAUGACAUUAGGGUGGCAAAAAGCGUGUCCCUUCGCCUACACAGUGAGCUUGAGGCCAUUCAAAAGAAAAACUCACGUCUGGAAUGGGAAAAUGAGGAGUUACGUGAACGGCUGCAGGAUCUGGAGGUGGCAAAGCAGGUCCUGCAGGCUGAGAUGGACAAAUCACAGAAUUCUCUAAAGAGACGAAGUUUGAGAUCAACAUCCAGCAAGAGUGAAAAGAAGCUCUCUCCACAGGAUGACAGCGCUGAUUUGAAAUGCCAGCUCCACUUUGCCAAAGAAGAGUCUGCCCUCAUGUGCAAAAAGCUAACAAAGAUGGCCCUGGAGAGUGAGGUGAUGCGGGAAGAGCUUGCUAAAUACCGCCUGCUUUAUGGAGAGGUGGAUGAAACCAAGGCUGCAGCAGGUGCCACUAACUCUGCCCACACCCGAGAAGCAGAGGUCAAAGUUCACUUGCGGCUGGUGGAGGAGGAAGCCACGCUGCUGAGUCGUCGAAUAGUGGAGCUAGAGGUGGAGAACCGAGGAUUGCGAGCAGAGAUGGGUGAACUGCGUGAACGAGGAGGAGGAAGCCUUGAAGAAGAGGAGACAAUGAAGGCGACCAGUGAAGGAUCAGCAGUACCUCUCCAAACUGGGAAACAGGGGGAGAUGCCUAGAGGUAAAUGUCUGGAUGGAAAAGAGAAGUCAGAUGCAACGACUACCCACAAUAAAAUGCAGGAGAACCAGAUGCAUGUAGAGGAGGAUCAUGUGGAGAAUUCUUCUAUCAGCCACAUGCACAGAGAAGGGCCCAUUGGUGGGGAACAGGAGCUUUCUGCAGAAACUAAAGAGGAAGACGGACAAGCUCAGUGGAAGUCAGACUGCACAUUUGGUGUAAAAGAUCUACAGAGUCUUCUUGCGAUCCAUGACCAGGCACUGCUUGUCAGAUCAACUAUCCAGCUCCUAACAACCCCUGUAAAAAAUGGCCUCUCACCUACAUGUACCCAUAACUCUCCUGCUGGUGCUCCCUACUUAGGAAAAACCGCAGUAGAUCCUCAGUGCAAAACACAACAGUGGCUUUUGGACCCCAUGUUGAGUCCCUUGACCAAUGGAUUAGAGGUAUUACAAGCUCAACUACGUGCUCUUGUGAAAAAGCUGGAGGUCCUGUCAAAUUCAGAGCGGCCUGGGCCUGAUACAGAGAAGAAUAUGUUGCAAUUUGGCAAAGAUUUAAGUGAAAUGAAAGAGGAUGUGAAAAAUCAAGCAAGUCAAGAACGUCCAUGUGAAGGGAAUGUUGGAAAUCAGUGUAACCAGGACAGCUUAGUGCUGCUCACUUUACAGCUCCAAUGGUUCAUCCAGCAAUGGAGGCAGGGAGAGAGACCCACAGCUGAUGGAAAGAGCUUGUUUGAGAUGUAUUGUCAGAAUGAUCUUCAUCUGCUUACGGAGUCAAAAUCCUGCAAAUAUAAUCUGCAACAGAAGUGCAACAGUCAGAUGAGCAGCGCACUGCUGUCAGACCUCAGGACAGUACUGUCGGAUCUGUUCUCUGAACUUUGGGAGCAGCACAGGGCAGCCCAGUUUGUCAUCCGGCAGUUUGCCAAUGCCAAAGCAGCGUGGGUCGUGGAGUGUGCAGAGCUCAAGAGCCUCAUAAGCAGGCUGGACGGUUCGGCUGAGAAGGCAGGUGUAAAGGGUCAAUCAGACCUGAAUGCGGCUUUGCAGAAGGACCACAUUGAGAAGCUUCAGCACCUGUUAGCAGAGUCCUACACUGCAGUGAUGGACCUGACAAGACAGCUGAAGGUCCGUGAAAGCAGCUGGAGCUCUGAGCGGCAGGAACUGCUCGAACACCUGAACCAUGUGCGUCUAGAGUGCGAGGGGUUGAAGACAGCUAAGCAAAAUAGAAAAAUGCAGUCUCCUAGACACGAGAUGUUGAUCAAAGAAGCAAAAAUGGAGAGGAUGCCUCUCAAAACUGGCAUGGCAAAGCCAAACAAGAACUGGAAGUACCUCAGUCAUGAAGCUGCCGUUAUGGACAGAGAAGACCCCUGUAAGACUUGGGACGCUCUUAUCAUGCCUCCCAGUUUCCCUGGUCUGAACCUAAACCAGGAGCUGACCCAGAGAAGCCACACUGCUCCGGAGAGAACAGGCAUUCGUAUAUAUUACAGCCCACCAUCAGCAAAAAGGAUCCAAAUGAGCUCUCUGAUAGCAGCAGAGGAGAAAGAGCUCGAGGAAAGCCAGGAACCACAUUUCAAUGCCGUUUCCUGUGGCCUUGUAAACCAAGACUGGGUCGCAGCAUAUGAAAACUGGCUGAGUAGCCUGCCGUUUGACUGCCAAAGUCUGAUGGAGAGAGAUUCGAUGGCUGUCAUCAGUUCUACAUCCUCUUCUGGUCUACAGACCUCCAGUGUGACGUCUCCCUCACGCUUGGCUUUCAAUAACUUGGACGUCUCAGCCAACCUGAGUGAUGACAUGAAAGAAAUCACAGCCAGCGUGCUGCAAACUUCCCAAUCCAGCCCUCUGGAGAGGAAGAGAGGGAAGGAUUUUGGGAGCAGUAUGGUGAGUGUUGUGAGUAUAGGAACGCAAACUCAAUCCCAACCACAGGUGACCACAGUUGGGCUACAAACCGAUGGUCCUCGAUGUCUUUAUGCUGCGAAGCACUGGUCUCCCAGAGUGACCUCAUUUGUAUCCUCAAGAACCCCGCAGACGUCAGUGUCAUUGGAAAGGGUCCCUGGUUCAGCAGAUCGGUUUCAAACACAGACCACCUCCCCGAAAAUACAACGCAGGCACUCCGCAUCCUCUCCGUUUUCCACUAAGUCUUCCUCUUCCACAUCCCCCUCAUCCUCAUCCUCUUUCACCACAUCCUCUUUGUCCUCCUCGUCGUCUCUGAGUGCCUCCUCCAGGCUGGAUUAUGGAGCAAAAGAGCGUGUUUUGUGGGCUCAGACGCAACGUGCUUCGACACCUAGCAGGCCAAAUUCAGCAUCAGUGCAGGGCAGCGAUAAACACGGCAGCCGUAAAAAUGUUGGCGUUCAUAAGUACGGUCUGGUCCAUGAGUUUCUGCGCAACGUGUGUGGUCGAGGAGAGAAGACCAACCCGGAGAUGGAGAAAGCACCAGCACCUCGUAGGGAUCACAUCGCUCAGACGGGUCCAAAGAAAUCCGAGCACCCACCGUCUCGUAUACCAGCGGUGCAACUGGUCAGAAACGACAGCAUCACCAAGAUCGUGAACCGCAGAUUUAUGAAACAAAGCCAAAAAGAGGAGACGGUGUGUCAAAGCCAGGCUCAGCGCCAAAUCGACAGGGGUUCAGUCAGCAAGAACAAGGGCUUGGAGGAAGGAGCAUGUGAUUGCAGCUCACGCUCUUUGACAUCCUGCUUUGCUCGACCCUCACAAAAAAACCUCCGACACGUUCACAGUCAAAACAAGGCCCGCGCACACGAACACCCCCCAUCCCGUGGUAAAGGGGAUUCUCUUGCUUAAAGGGACUGACCCCGUGACACUUCUGGGAUCUACAGGCCUGCAUGGACAGAUUUCUUCAGAACUGGAACGCCCAUCUACAUAUUCCACACACCUUUUGUUUUUUUUUCGGUUAAACUGAUUACGUCUUCAUUUCCAUUUUAGCAAGUUAAAAUCCAUCACUCAAAAACAGCGAAAAAAAACAUGUUUGCAGAUGCCUUCUGGGCUUGGGGUUAGGGAAAUGUCUCCAGCAUAAGUUACUGGCUUUAGUAUUCGUUACAAUUUUUAAAUUUCAUAGAGAAACUAAAUAGGGCUUGUACAGAAUUAAUCAUUUUGUUAUCAUGCUGAUGUUCCCAAUUCCAGCAAGAUCCACUUUUUACUUUCUAGAUCCUUGAUGAAUUUUGCUUUGUUACAUUUUAAAUAAAUAUAAUCAUGCAACACAUCGUAAAACAAUGUAUGACUUACUAUUCUUUUUUAAUAUAAUAUUUUAUGCAUAAUAGAAUCUGUGUAGAAUGUUUUUAGAUGCCUUAUGAAUGUGACCCGUUUCUCAUAGCUGUCUUAAAAGUAACAUAACCUGCGUUUAAUAUCUGCCAACAACAGAUUUGGGGGCCAAGCACCUUAAUCAGAGAUUAGGUUUGUGAAUUGUAGCUAUUUGAAAUGUGGCACUUUUUAUGGCAUAAAUGCAAAAUCAAUGUUGUUGUAUUAGUCCUGUAUUAAUGAGAUUUGAAGAUAUAUCAUCCUAAUAAUGAUAUUUCAGGUUUUGCUAUUCAACUGCGGUAGUCACAAAGAGAGAGAGAAAAAAGUAAAUAUGUUAAGUUUUUUUUAUUCCAUGAAACAAUAUAUAGUGGUAUGCAAUUAAACAAC